AGUGAGGGGAUCUCUGCCUCCAGCUCACAGCCAGAGCUGCCCCACAUGGCUGAGAAAGAGCCCUCAGUUCCCACCCCACGUCCUUGGGAUGACAAACCCCCAGGACGAGGAGCAGCAACGUCCCCACAAGCAAGGUGACACGGAGCUGAUGUUCAGGCUCCCAAAGAGAAGCCUCUCAAAGAAUCCUCAAGGUUCUGGGGACAGCCUGGAGGGUCUCAGCAGCAUCCCCACACCUGCGAGACCCCAGUGGCAGCAGCAGAGUGGGGAGAGCGGUGGUGACAUCUGUCAUGGCCACCUCCACAGGGACAUCCCCAGGCAACAACAGCCCCCCAGCCACGCUGCUGCCCCAAAACCAAGGGACAGGGACAGGACAGGGCUGGGACACCGCGGGGAUCCCUGCACCGUCCCCAUCUCGCCCUACCGCAAGCCCCUGGAUGAGCUGCUGCCUCGGAUGCUCCUGCGCUCCUGGAAGUCGCUGUUCACCGGGAGGCUGCUGCUCCUGACCAACACCGUGAGCUGCGGGGGCCUCCUGGCAGCCGGGGACUGCCUGCAGCAGGAAUGGCAGCGCCGCAAGCGCCCCGACUGCCAGCUCCAACUGGGACGCACUGGGCGGAUGUUUGUGGUGGGCUGCAGCCUGGGGCCGCUGAUGCAUUACUGGUACCUCUGGCUGGACUCGGCGUUCCCGGCCCGGGGCGUGCGCUGCCUCAGGACCGUGCUGAAGAAAGUGCUCAUUGACCAGACGGUGGCAUCGCCCAGCAUGGGAGUCUGGUACUUCCUGGCCAUCGGCACCCUGGAGGGCCAAACUCUCCAGGAGAGCUGGGACGAGCUGAAGGAGAAAUUCUGGGAAUUCUACAAGGCUGACUGGUGCGUGUGGCCGGCGGCGCAGAUCCUGAAUUUCCUCUUCCUGCCUCCCAAGUACCGCGUGGUUUAUGUCAACGUGGUGACCCUGGGCUGGGACACCUACCUGUCCUACCUCAAACACCGGGUGAGCCUCAGCCCCGCGUGGCGCGGCGGCCGCGGGAGCGCCGGGCUCAUCCCGCUGUCGCUGUUUUCCAGGAGCCGCCGCGGCAGAGCCAGCGCAGCGCCGGGGCGUAGCGAGGCCACCAGGCCGUUCCUGCCUGCACCAAACGCAUUUCUGCCCAUUGUGGAUCCCCUCAGCCGAGGGAGGGGAUGGCCAGAGCCAGCCCCCCACGUGCCUGCUGCCUGAUUAAUUCAUCUGCUAAUUACAGCCAUGGGUUGGGGUUGUAACAAUCUCUUGUUGCAGGAUAACCUGUAAAGUGAUUUUCUUCUGGGAUUUGCUGGCGGAGCCGGGGUGAGGAGGAGCUGCUGCAGCCCCUGGGAAGGGUCCUGGCUGGAUCUGUUCCCUCUCCAGGGAAAUCCUGCCCCUUGCUGCUCCUCCAGCACCUUCCAGCCACCCAAAUCCCCACAAAGUGGAUAUUGGGAAGGAAUUCUUCCCUGUGAGGGUGACGAGGGGCUGGGCUGGAAUUCCCAGAGCAGCUGUGGCUGUCCCUGGAUCCCUGGAAGUGCCCAAGGCCAGGCUGGAGCAGCCUGGCACAGCGAAAGUGUCCCUGUCCUUGGCAGGGGUGACAAGGGAUGGGAUUUCAGCUCAUUCCCACCCAAACCCACUCCAUGAUCCACUCCUGCAGCUCCUCACUCCUUCCCCUCCUGCUUUUUCUCUUCCAGCUCCAGGAUAAAAUCACUCCACUCCCCCCUCGCUGCCUCAGCUCCCGUUUUCCCCCCGGCUCCGGGCGGGGGCUGCAGCCACCUGGAUCCUCUAUAAAUAGGGAUGUGAUUGCACCCGUCGGCUCUGCGGCGCUCGGGAGGAGGAGGGAUGGAGGGAGGGGGGGUUGGAGCCAAAUUUUGGCAGAGUUUGGGCCAUCACAUCCCUCUGCUCCCAGCCCUGGGCGAGCUGGACGCUCCCUGCAUAGCCCAAGAACUGAAUUAUUCCCAUUUUUUUCAAUGAAAACUGCCUGAAUGGGAAUAUUCUUAUUUUUUCCCCUUGAUUUUUAAAGCGGUGCCUUAAAGCUCUGCCCUGGUCCCUGCUGUCACACACCCGGGGGGGGACUCAACUCCUCCCUCUGCAGCAGCAGGAGCCAGUUGGGGGAUGAUAAUUAAAGAAAAAUAAAAUUAAUUUUGCUCCUCUCUGGCAACUCAGGGACCCCGCGGAACUUCUGAUCAGCAUCGGUUUAUUUCUUCACAACAUUUCUUUUUAAUACAGUGAUUUUUAGGAAAUUGUACUCUUUUUGACACUUUUGACAUUUGUACAGUACAGUGUUAACUCUUCCAUAAGUAAACUUCACAAAAAAGAGAGAGAGGGGGGAGAGGGAAAAGGUGGAGGGAAAGGAGAUGGAAUCAUGGCUGGGGGGAGGAAUAGAGGGGAAAUCUGUAAAAUAAAGACACAGCGCUCCGGGAAAAAUAAAUAAAGGGCAGCUCUGUCAUGGCUACGGGAAUAUCCACUUAUUCACAGUCUCCACAGAAGCACAGAACUACAGGAAAACGAGAUCCCAAAUCCCUGGAGCAAACCAGCCGAGCUCCCAGCCCCGCUCGCCCCCCACGAGCCCAACCCGGGGCCGAUUCGCUCCAGUCGGCUCGGCCUCGCUGACUCAAUUAAUUAAUUAUUCAAUCUUAUUUAAAUAAUAAAGAGUUUUCUUGUGG